AUGGCAAUGGUGGAGUUUUCGUUCGAAGAUGUGCUGAUGAAGGGUACGCUUUUCGUGAUUGUUCAAGCUCUGAUUUAUUUAAUCCUUUCGAAUUCGUCUGAUGUGUUCUCGAAGACGAAGAUGGUGAGAUCGUUUAGCUUCAAACCUGCACGAUCUGUUAGUAUUCGCCGGAUGUUUGCUGCCAUAGCUGAUAUGCCUGCCGGAGGCGAGGCGUCUCCGUCGUCAUCGAGAAGGGGGUUUCCGUUCUCUUCGUCGGAGGAUGAUUUUAAUAAAUUUGAUUAG